AUGUCUGGCGUUCGAUUUCCACCGAAUCCCAGUGUGUCUGAAGAUCCUCACGAAUCACCCCAAACGAGUGGCGGCACGAUAGAACGCCAGCCUUUGCUUGGCCAGAAUACCUACAAACCUGAAGCCCCUCCAGAUGGAGGCCUCGAGGCUUGGCUAGUCGUCUUAGCGGGCUUCUUCAUCUUCAUGAACUCCUGGGGCAUUUCCAGCACCUUCGGAGUAUUUCUGGAGCAUUACCGGACAGUUCUUUUCCCUGGGGUUUCUUCUUCGACUUUGUCAUGGGUAGGAAGUGUUCAAGCGACCUUCAUUACCAUCACCGGAGUCGUCACAGGCCCUUUGACUGACCGCGGCUAUCUCAGAGCCAUCGUUAUUACUGGCCAUUUAAUGAUCGUUUAUGGCAUGUUCAUGCUAUCUAUAUCUACUCAGUACUACCAGGUAUUGCUAGCACAAGGGUUCUGCGUCGGACUGGGCGCCGGUGCGAUCAACAUUCCUGCCUUUGCCGUCAUCUCAUCCAAGUUCUCAAGCCGAAGGCCAUUCGCCCUCGGUUGCGCUUCCACGGGGGCAAGCAUUGGUGGGAUAGUUUUCCCUCUCAUGUUCCGCAGGCUCACCCCUGAGCUUGGCUUUCCCACUACGGUGCGACUCAUAGCCACUGUGUGCCUCUUGGUUUCCAUUCCAACACUGGUGAUACUGUGCCGUAAGCCCGGCGUAAGGUCACCCACAGCAAGGAUUGUCUUGGAGCCUCGCGCUUUUAACGAGCCGUAUUUUGGGGUAUUUGUCAUCGCCCUUUUCUUUCAGUUCCUAGCAUACUACAUUCCUCUCUUUUAUCUCACGACAUUUGCCGUCGUCAAACUCAAAACGGGGCCUGCUUUCGCUUUCGACCUCCUCACAAUCAGCAACGCGGCCUCGUUCUUUGGGAGAACAUUGCCCUACCUGCUUGGAGGCCGCGUCACUCCUAUCCAAACACUCAUAUUGUGGGAGAUUAUAGGCGUCGUGCUGUUGUUUAGCUGGAUAGCUGUCAAAACGGUGGAUGGAAUGAUAAUGUGGACAGUGGCUUGGGGAUUUCUGUCUGGAGUCCUUGUCACGGCGCCAGCGGCCAGUGUCGCACACCCCACGCUCAGUCCAAGUCUAGGUGUCAUCGGUGCACGGCUGGGUAUGAGCUGGGCGACAGCCGCUUUGGGGGUUCUGAUUGGGGCCCCAGUCGCUGGUGCCCUGGUUGACGUGGCAAAUGCCAAUUUCGUGCUGGCACAAACCUUUGGCGGGGUAUCUAUGGCGCUUGCUGUAAGUCUAAUGACCAUCCCGGUCAUUGCAGCACAUAGAUACAAUCUGUCAACCGCCAGUGAUUUGAAUGGCGCUUAG